CCAUCGUCUGAAAAAGGUCUGGAUCGAGUAAAUUGAAAAAUUGGCGGGAAAGAUAUUGCGUCAUUUUCAACAAAAUGUCAACAUAAGAAAAAAAUUUCGAAUAUGGAUUCAACGAAACGAGAGUUGGCAAUUGUUGACAAAACUGACCUUGAAAGAGCUCUAUGUGCAACAAAAGAAAUACGGGUGGAAGCAAAUCAAGUUUACACUGAGCUAAGGAAUCAAGUGAAACAUGUAGAAAAACUGAAACUUGCAGCUGAAAAUUGGAAUAAAUUGCAAAAGCAAUUAGAGUCUGAAGAAUACUUCCUGGUUAGUAGAAAAGAUAUUGAAAGGUUAACAACAGAAGCAAUGCAGAUCAAAGAGUAUCUUCCUAAGAUUCUAAGAAAAGAUUUUUAUUUGGCAUACACUAAACUAGAUAAGACAGAAGCAGCUUUGUUACAAACAAAGGCGGAAAAGCAAAGAGUGGCAAGUGAGCUUGACAGGGCAACAAAGAAACACCAGAAUAACUUGGCCGAGCUUGAAGGAGAAAGACAAGAAAAAGCUGAGAUGAAACAAGCCAUAGAAGAGCUAAAUGAAAUAAAUUCGCAGCAAUCAGACUACUGUUCUCGCAUGGGUGCAGCUACAUGCACUCUACUUUGGCGGCUUUCACAAAGGGAAGACUGCACAGAAACCAUACUUGCAGGGACCCACACUGAUGAAUUCAUUCAACUGGUAUGCCACACAAUAGAAAGCUUUUCACUGACAUUGUCUGAAAAUGAAUCCUAUGAUGAAAACUCAAGAGAGGUCAAAUUUGUUCUGGCUUUGUGCGGUGUGGCAACCAAUAUUGCAGCUUCAUCUUAUGGGAGAGAAUUUCUGAUGAGCAAUGAAAAUGGAGAGAAGCUGGUUGAUUCCAUUAUUUUCACAUUCUGCAAAAUUUUGCCAGAAAGGAAACAGGAGAUAAAGAUGAGAAACCUUUGCAUGAAGUUUUUGUACAAUACCAGCAUCAACCAAAAAGGAAUAAAAUACUUGGCGAAGAAAAAGUCUUUGCUACAAACACUUGUGUCCAUAAUUAAGGCUGAUGCCACCAUGGAAAAUCGGCUUCUAAGUGUAAGGUUGAUACAGUCACUAAUGUUGGAAUCUGAAAAUGCAAGCCUAGCUCAUGUGGUCCUAAGCAUGUUCUCAAUUGAAAAUAUGAGGGCUAUAGCAGUUGAUGCAGCUGGGGAGCUGCAAGAGGCACUGCUGGAACUGAUAAAUGAUGUCAAAUUUCUCAGCAGAGAACAGUAAUCCUAUACUUAAAGUUUGAAUUUCCCAAUAAGGUAGAAUUUUAUCUUGAUUCUUCAAUGUUUGAUUGCGUUCUAACUACAGAUUGUAUCACUUUGAUUGUUUGAUUGCGUUCUAACUACAGAUUGUAACUACAUACAGAAUGCAUUAACUUAAUGGUAUUGACUUACCCAGUUACCCGUAAGUGCACAAGUUCCAACCAAAAUAUCCACACAUAAGAUCCAUUAAGCAUUUGUGUACUUAUUUUUCUCUCCAACUCUACCAUAUGGUUAAUCAAAUAUAUAUGAUAUGAUCAAUUAAUUAAUCAUAGCCAGAUAUUUCAAAACUUCCCAAAUCAAAAGCACAACUUACUCUUCUUCUAUUUGUAAAAUAAUUUCAGGAAAAGGAACCAUUAAUAGCAAAUAAAGAAACUGUCAUUGCAGGUGUUAAAUGUUAUUCUAUUCAGCAAUUGUAAGAAUGCAUUAAGAUAAAAUAAAGAUGUUAUCGCCAACUUCGAAACAUGGACCACAACAUUAUCUUUCUAUAAGAAUUACACUGUUAAUUGAAAAAUCCCAGUCACAUUAAAUAUCUCACUUGUAAAUAAUUUCAGCAUGCUAUCAGUUUGUGUUCAGUCUGCAUAUAUUUUAGUAUGAAUGGUUUUUUAUAAAGAGUGAUUGCUGAGCUCCUUCUGACAGCUCUUCUCCUUCGUAUUUCCCAAGUGCUGCCAAACUGUUCAAGUACGAUCUUUUCAACAAUUCUUUCUGUGCAGCUGCAACGUUUUCCUCCUUUCCUCCCCAAGCUUUCAAUACUGAAGCUUGCAGGGCACGGCCAUAGGAGAAGGUCAAUGCCCAUGGCUUUUUACCUGUUUUUAAAAUAGAAACACAAAAAUUUAAUCAAACUCACUGAAAAUAUAAGAAAUUAUUCUCUGAAGACAAAGACUCAAGUGGAGGUUUUAUCAAGGGUCUGACUUU